AGCAGAAGAGUGGCCUAGAGUCAGGAGCGAAUGGACCUCAAAAGGGAUGAACAGGCGCAAGCCCAGGGUUGGGAAUGGAUGGGUGUUCCUUGACAAUUCCACUCCCGUACGCCCGCCGCGGCCGGUUGGGAGAGGUCCCGGGGAGGGGGGCGUGUCCCGGCCGCCUACCUGGAGGCUGCGGGCGCGCGGCUGGCACGGCGCGAAGUGGCGGAGGGCGUCUCUUUGCAGCUGGAUCUGCACGUGGCGAGGGCUCCACACUGGCCGGGAGGAUGAAAGGCCCCAGCUGGGGGCUCCUUGCCACCAGCGCUGGGUCCUAAGAGCUGCCAUCCAGGCUGGCCGCCCGGAUGGCGACCCCAGCCUCGGCCCCAGACACACGGGCUCUGGUGGCUGACUUUGUAGGCUAUAAGCUGAGGCAGAAGGGUUAUGUCUGUGGAGCUGGCCCUGGGGAGGGCCCAGCAGCUGACCCACUGCACCAAGCCAUGCGGGCAGCUGGAGAUGAGUUUGAGACCCGCUUCCGGCGCACCUUCUCUGAUCUGGCAGCUCAGCUUCAUGUGACCCCAGGUUCAGCUCAGCAGCGCUUCACCCAGGUCUCUGAUGAACUUUUCCAAGGGGGUCCCAACUGGGGUCGUCUUGUGGCCUUCUUUGUCUUUGGGGCUGCCCUGUGUGCUGAGAGUGUCAACAAAGAGAUGGAGCCACUGGUGGGACAAGUGCAGGAGUGGAUGGUGGCCUACCUGGAGACACGCCUGGCUGACUGGAUCCACAGCAGUGGGGGCUGGGCGGAGUUCACAGCUCUAUACGGGGACGGGGCCCUGGAGGAGGCGCGGCGUCUGCGGGAGGGGAACUGGGCAUCAGUGAGGACAGUGCUGACAGGGGCCGUGGCACUGGGGGCCCUGGUAACUGUAGGGGCCUUUUUUGCCAGCAAGUGAGAAAGUCCAGGGCCAGGUGGGGCUAGGUGUGGCUGGGGGCCAGGAGAGCAGGAACAGAACAAGAAGUGAGGUGAAUGGUUGGGCAUGGAACAGGGAAAGGGAGAGGUAGCAUGUGAGGGAGCCAAGUGUGCCAGGCAGGUGGUUGAAAAAGUGAGCUAGAGUCAGUCAUUGGGGAACGUUUUAGGAAGGUCAGGAUGUCAGGAGAUAGAGUCAUUCCAGGGUUUGGGGGGAGGUGGGAGGGAUCAUGCCUAUAGGUGUGGGCACAUGAAACUACCCAGAGAUGGAUUUGCAGCCCUAAGGAAGGUGAACUUGCAUAAGGAGUUAUGUCUCCCCUGGAUGAGUGGGAUUUGGGGAAUUAGAAGGCCGUUGGAAUGGAAGCUUGGGGUUCUCAGGUGAUUGGGAGAGGUGCCUGUGGCUGUGGGCUGCUUGGACACGUGUGCAUGUGCACGCGUGCUCGUGUGCAUGCUGGGCUGUUUGUCUAAUCUGGAGGUGGUUCAGAUUCUUCAAGGAGAAAACAUUCCCUCUUGCAGUGACAAGAACAAGGGACAGUUCUCUGCCCCUCCUCCCAAUCCCUCCUUUCCCUUACCCUUGCCCAGAUGCCUCAAGGCUGAGGAAGAAACACUGUAUCCAGACAGAGGGCUCUGGCACUUCUCUGCAGAAAGUUGUUGGUAGGUCUUUAGAGAGAAAGCAAUUCUGCAGCUAGCCUUGUUCCUUCAGUACCCCUUUCCCUGUGCAUCAUGCACUUGCUGCUGCCUCCUGGGCUCUGACAGAAGUGCAGGGCUGUGGAGCCUGGGCAGGUGAAGGCUUCUUCAGUAGCUGGAUCUGCCUGCCACCCUCCCCUCCCACUGGGGCACAAUAGCACCUAAUAGCCCUGGGACCUCAGUACCCAAACUGAAACUCUAAAUUGGGGUUCUAAUUUUACUUUUGAGGCUGUAGACAUAAAUGCUGAUCUAGAAUACAGUCUGGGUCCCACCCAUUCUCAGUGAGACUGUUGAUGCCUUGAGAAGACCAUUCUAGCUUGAGUCCUAUGGGUGUGAGGGUGACAGGUACUCCCUGACUGGCCUAUUCUGUGUGGUGGGCUUUGGUGCUGCUUUAUCAGGGGCCAGGUAUAUGGGUUCCAGAGUACCUACCACCAUCUAGAAGCAUCUAUAUUUCAUUAAAGCCACACUGUUUGCAUGGGUGUUAUUUGUCUGUGCCUCAGAGUCUGAGGAUGCUAACUUUAGAACUAAGUCUUCUAGAACAGAUUCAGGCUACAGCUUUUUAUUUUGAAGAAGAAAUGAUUCACUCCAGAUGCAUGCCCUGAGCCAGACCUCACUGCUGCACUUUCCAAGGUGCUAAAAUUUGCUGCUCUCCAAUGCUGACUUCAUUCACAGUGCUCUAGAACCCUGCCCAUGAUCCUGAGCACUGAUCAGUUUAGCUAGACAUGGUUGACUCUUAGAGAUUUUUACUUGGUCCCAGAAUGUGGCAACAUGGUUGUUGUGCUCGUUAGAAUGUGGGACCAAAUUGGCCUCAGGUGUUUAGUCCAGACUUUUGCUUUGAGGGAGGGCUGCACUUUUUAAUGGUCUCUACAGGGGAGGUGGUAGACUGCAUGUGCCAUUUGGUCUGUUGUGAGUAUGCUGCUACCAGAAACUCAGAGCCAGUCUGUGGCAGGCAGUUGGGGUGGGGGGGUCUCUGACUUGCUCAGGACAAACUAGGCCAGUGGUUUUCAAACUGCUUGGCAGAGCCCCAAAGCAUCCUAGGGGUUGCCUCAGGAGUCCUUGGGGAGAUGAAGAGGGUUGGGGACUGAGCAGGCUGGGCAACUUGCCCUCAAAUAGAACAGCUUCUCUUGUAGCUGUCAUAUAUCGGGGUUCAGGGUAAGAUUUUAUUUGCAUUAAGGGUUUUGCUGCUGAAAAAAAAAAAGUUGGAAAACCACUGACUAGACCAUAGACCAUCAGCUCCAAAUUGGAGCCUGUGCUCCCCCAGGUUUGGGGCAGACUCCUCAUUCUACCCUCUACCACAGGAUACCUAUUUGUUAGCAUUCCUGGGGGCCUUUAACAAACUGGGGCAGCAGGGACCAUGGUCAGGUUACCAAAGUGCCCCGCUCUGAGGCCUUCACAGUGGGUGGAAGGAGAGGCUUUUUUCUGAAAGGGUAAAGGGCUUGGUCUGGAUUCCCAGAAGCAUAGCUUUGAUGGGAUCACAGUGGGCAGUUUUGACUUGUCUUGCCCUUCUUAGUUUGAGGAGCAGUGGAAACCCCAGAGACUCUUCUGUCAGGGAAAACUAGGGACUCUCUUCUAGAGCCAUAUAGUUCCUUGGGAUUAGCUCUUGGCCAAUAAGGCUGAGUAUGGCUCCCAAUUUUUAAAUUCACUUAAUUUUUUUUAAAAAAUGAGGGAAAUAAACGUAAUUGCCAUUUUUCGAAGAUUAAAUAGGUGGAGAGGGUGUUUCUUGCUCUCCAGAGCCCAAAGGGACAAAUAGGGACUUUGGUUAGGCCAAGGAAGGAGCGGAAGUAGGGCAACUGGGUCCUGCGAUUAUUAAUCCUACUCCCCACUUAUUGUAGGGCAUACAUACACUAUUUUACUUUUUUAAAUCAUAAAACGACAGGAGAACAGAUUUGGUUAGUUUAGAAGGAAAAAAAGAAGCUCUAUAAAUAUAAAUAUAUAUUCCUGUAUUUUUAUUUAAUAAUUUAUAAAUAUCAAGUUCAUUUGAUUUUUAUUUUUGUGUAAUAUGUAAUGGUCGUAUUAAAAAAAUAAAUAAAGCCCAGAAGUUUAAUGAGAAGGACUGAACAGGGUUUUGUGACUUUAUACGGUAUAGCCUGGGGUCAGAACAUUCCUUGAUCCAAUCAUCUCUUCAUGAUAUUGCUAAGGGCAAGAAUUAGAGUUAUAGGGAUUUGGGAAACUCUUGAGAUUUAAAAAAAAAAAGAAAAAAAAUCAGAGUGUUCCACCAUCUUCCUCACCCCACCCC